AUGCGAUUGGCAACUCGCGAGGCGCACAAGAUUCUCAACUGGCCCGAAAUGGACGCUGACAUGGCUCGCAAAGCUCGCAAGGCCUUCUUUCGAGCCUACGACGUCUAUCACAUGAUGAAGCCGAUGACGACUGAUCAAAUUGCGAGGGCAUACGAUGAUCUCAUGCACUCGAUGUACGAAGCGUAUCAGACUCACGGCAACCCUAAGCCAACACCUACAGCAGCUGUUCUGAGGCGAUCACUGGACGGACGAACAAGUUCUCCUUGCUCCAACACACCACGCAACAAAGGCCACAUCCUCGACUUCGACAUCAUCGUCAAGUCCGUCACCGAUCCGUCCACGUUCAUUUCACAUCGAACAAACAACCCUCGCCGCAGGAUCGUAUAG